AUGCCAGGAUUUGAAGCAGGCCACGAGGAAGGCCCUAAACCAGGAUCACGAUGGACGCUCAUGUUCGAAGGUGCUUCCAAUGCUCGAGGCCAUGGCAUAGGUGUUUUUAUCACUUCUCCGACCGGUUUCCACCUUCCAUUUACCGCUAGAUUGUGUUUCGACUGCACCAACAAUAUGGAAGAAUAUGAAGCAUGUAUCUACGGUUUAGAAGUGGCAAUCGACAUAAGGAUCAAGAUUCUUAAGGUAUACGGUGAUUCAACUCUGGUAAUCAAUCAGGUAAAAGGUGAUUGGGAGACUCGGGAUAGCAAGUUGAUACCUUACAAGGAGCAUAUCAUAAAACUGGUACCCUACUUUGAUGAAAUCUCUUUUCACCAUAUUUCUAGGGAAGAAAAUCAAUUAGAAGAUGCUUUAGCCACGUUGGCAUCUAUGUUGAAAGUCAAAUGGAAGAAUGAAGCACCAUUCAUCCAUAUUGACCACUUAGAAGAGUCGGCGCAUUGUCUAGCAAUCGAGGCCGGUCCUGAUGAUAAGCCCUGGUUCUAUGAAAUAAAGACAUUCUUGGAGAAACGGCAAUAUCCCGAGGGUAUAUCCAUUACCGACAAGAAGGCUCUAAGAAGACUCUCUUCCAAGUUCUUCCUAAACGGUGAUGUGUUAUACAAACGAAGUUAUGAUUCUGUACUUCUCAGAUGCAUGGAUAGACAUGAAGCUAGUACGAUCAUAAAAUCCAUACAUGAAGGUUGCGAGGGUGUACAUGCAAAAGGUCCUGCUAUGGCCAAGAAGAUCCUUCGGGUUGGGUAUUAUUAG